GAGACAGCAGGGGCCCAUUCCCAUAUCACAGUACGAUCAUGAAAACAUCGCCGCUAUUGACACCUCGCCCAAAGAGAACACGCCUGUACGGACGUCCAAGAACCACUACACACCAGUGCACAACAAAAACAACCACGGGCAUUAUGGGAAAGAAAACUUCCGCAGUGGUCACGACAUUCACAACUUUAUCUCCUCCGGCUUUGUGACGCUUGGCAGGGGCCAUGUGAAAGGGCAGCACUCUGUAGAUGAUCUCGGGCAGCUGUCCUGGCAGGGCGAGCUGGACGUUCCUCUGUCCUACAGUAACCAUCCACACGACUAUACCAGCCAUCUGGAUCUCACUGGGUCACACACGCCCAAAAUCGGACACCGAAUAGUGUACUACGAGAAGCCGAGAAUGAACAACAUCCUGACAUCCCAGACAGAGCCGUACGACCUGUCGUUCUCCCGGUCCUUCCAGAACCUCACGCACCUCCCACCGUCCUACGAGAUGGCCGUGAAAGUAGACUUAAGCGGCAAGGACGACGAGUACUACAUCCGAAAGCACCAUUUACCCGAUCCGACGCCUCGCGGCGGCAACCUGCAGACACACAUGAUCAAGCUGAACGUGGAUCCGCCGGCGCAGCGCCAGAAGCCCAAACGCGUGCAGCGCGCCAUGUCCCAGGACCACGUGCUCUCGCCCGCCCGCUCCAAACCGCACCGGGACUACGGCCUGACGUCGUACAGCGGCGGUGCCGGCGGUCUGCCCCCGUACCACGGACGCAUCCUCUCUGAGGAGCAGCUGCUGUCGACUGACCGACUGCACUCCCAGGACCCGCUGCUCUCGUCGGAUAAGAUGCUGUCCUUGCGGCGCUCCGAUUUCCGGGAGAAGGCCAUGUCGCGGGCGCUGUCGCAUACGGACAUGUUCAUGCCGACCACACCGGUCAUGGACCGGCACUGCAAAAUGAUGAAGAUGCAUUCGCACCCCAGCAGCAGCAACAACGAGUCCUACAACACACUGACUGUGAACAGCGCGCAGGUGGGCAACAAAAGGCAGGCGUUCGCCAGCCGCCGCAUGCAUACGGUGGACCACCUGCAGUAUAUACCUGGACAUCACCAUCAUCAGUACAGAACCGCCAGCAAGACUGAAGUAACUGUCUGAGAGAGCGAGACAGGAGAGCGAAUGAUGUCAACAAACAAUCCAGCUGGAGGAAUUUGCAGCAGUGUCCCACUUCGACAGGUUUCUUUUUUUAAGCGUCCCACCUUGACCCGUUCCCGCUUCCAGCGCAAGCUUUCCACUCCAUCAGUUCCGGGUCGGCUUGAGAAGGAUCCAGACUUUCUUCUCGUACG